GGAUUCCCGCCUACAUCGUGGUGCCCCGGACAGCCCCACAGUGUAAGCAAGCCGCCAUCCGCGCCUACGGUGCCACGGUGGUGCCAUGUGAGCCCAGCGACAAGUCCAGAGCUGAGACGGCAUCACGUGUAGUUCAGGAGACAGGAGGAGUCAUGGUGCACCCCAACCAGGAGCCGGCAGUGAUCGCAGGGCAAGGCACAAUCGCCCUGGAGGUGCUGGAGCAGGCGCCUGAGGUAAAUGCAGUGGUGGUUCCCGUUGGAGGCGGAGGAAUGAUUGCAGGAAUAGCAGUUGCCAUCAAGGCUCUGAGACCAGAUGUGAAAGUGUUUGCCGCUGAGCCCUGCAACGCAGAUGACUGCUACCAGUCCAAGCUAAGAGGGGAACUGACCCCCAACCUUCGCCCUCCGGAUACCAUCGCGGAUGCAGUUAAAACCAGCAUUGGACCAAACACGUGGCCCAUCAUCAGGGAUUUGGUUGAUGAUGUCCUGACAGUCUCAGAGGAAGAAAUCAAGCAAGCCACACGGCUGGUGUGGGAAAGGAUGAAGCUGCUAAACCCAACAGCAGGCGUGGGAGUGGCGGCCGUGCUCUCGGAACAGUUCCAGGCAGUCCCCCGGGACGUGGAGAACGUUUGUGUCGUGCUGUGUGGGGGCAACGUGGACCUGAGUUCCCUGACCUGGCUCACAGACCUCUCUGGGAAACGGAAUGAGAACAGAGCGGUGUCUUGAGCCACACUCUGAGUUUGUACAUUCUGUUUUGUGUGCAACUAAAAAGCAGAUGAA